GUGCCGAGCGCGCAUCGCGCGCGACGACGCGACGACGACGCGGACGCGGCGCUGGUGCUCGUGCGCGUGGCGAAGGACGUGGUGAAGUCGACGCUGGAGGGUGCGGUGGUGACGCUCGAACGCGGGACGACGACGGGGGGAUGGGGGACGACGUGCGCGGCGCGGGACGGCGGCCGCGCGCGGGCGUGGGCGUACGAUUUGAGCGACGCCGAGGGCGGACGCACGGUGUUCGAUCGCGCGUGUCGAGCGGUCGAUGGUGUGCUCAUGAUCACGCGGGCGGACGCGGUGGUGGAGGCGCCGGCGGCGAGGCGAGACGAGGGGGGGGGGGCGCCGCGAGAGACGACGGAGACGCGAGCGACGGCGGCGAAGAAGGACAAGAAGGAAAAGAAGGAAAAGAAGGAAAAGAAGGAGAAGAGAGAGAAGAGAGAGAAGCGAGAGAAGAGCGACGUCGAUCGCGAGUCGAAGCGCAGGAAGACGUAG